UGACUUCCAGGGAAAAAUGGUGUGCUGCAUGGUGUGCCCUUGCGCCCCAUGGUGAACUGUUUACCUCAGGCAGGCUUGGGCACAGGCUGCCAAGUUUGCAUGGCUCGUGCAGUUAUUGAUGUCGGCUGCCUUCAUAGCUUUCGACUCAAUCGCUGCACGCGUCAGCUAAGCGGCCUGCCUAAAGACUGAAAGAUUGGCAUAACCUCCGCGCGCAGCAGCGCUGUUGCCGCAGGACCAUGGCAUUCAUGGGCAAAUUUUCCAAGUGCCCGCUGUGCCAUAAGGAGUUCAGCACGUCGGGCAGCCUCUCCAAGCACAAGCGACGCGUGCACAAGGUGAUGCCCGAUCCGACAAGGGCAGCUCGCGCUGGCCGCGAAGUGAGGUGUGGAGAACAAGACUGUACCUACGUUGCUACAAGGCGCGACGACAUGCGUGACCACUUGGUCGUCGAGCACGGCCUCUCGCUGGUUGAAGUGCAGGAGGAAUUUGAGUCGAUGAAGGACUUCCGCGAAUGGAUGGACCUCGUGUCGCGCGCAAAUCGAACGCAGUUCGCGGCGCGGGCCAGUGACACGCAGGCCCGGGCAACUGUCCACCGCUACGUCUGUCACCGUUCCGGGCUGAGCAACCUAAAGACUACCGCGCGGCGGCGCCGGAUAAAGUCGCAGGGCUCAUGCAAAAUGGGCAGCUGGUGCACCGCGUACCUGAACGCCCGCGAGUGCCUGCUGACCGGUGCGGUGCGUGUCAACGGUUGUUUGACGCACUAUGGCCACGACAUGGACGUCGUCCACCUUCGCAUCUCUGCGGCUGACCGGCGGGCCAUACUGGCCGAGAUUCGGCGUGGCGUACCCUUCGACCGCAUCCUCGAGAACAUUCGCAGCGAUUUUCCUCAGGACGCACGGGAAAUAACGCGCACGCACCUCAUCACCAUGGGCGAUAUCCGUAAUAUCGCCGUCUCUGAAGGUCUGCUCUCGUGGAAGUUGGACGUGGACGACGACCGGAGCGUUCGCAAGCUUGCCGCGCGCUUCGCGGCCCAGUCCUAUAGCCCGAUCCUUCUCUACAAAUCCCGGGGCACCUCCGCAGACGCCCCCGCGGAAGCCGAUCCGACGGCUAUCGGCAUCGGCAGCUAUCGGGGUUUGGCUGAGGAUGACAUGGCACUAGUGAUUCAGACGCGCUACCAGCGAGAUCUGGUCAGCAGGGACCCCGCGCUUGUGUGCGUCGAGCCGGUGACGGGUCAUAGCUCCGAAUACACGUUGCUGGCCCUUCUGGCCACAACAGACGCGGGCCUGGUGGUCCCUAUCGCUUGGUGCGUCUGCGGCGCCGCUAAUCCGGCUGUCGUGGCCGCUUUCUUCGGGGUCGUCCAUCAGAACAUGGGCGACUUCACACCCAGAUUCUUCAUGUCCGAGGACACCGAAUUCUACUUCAACGCCUGGCUGGAAGCUUUCGGUGCCGAACCACGACCGCACAAGGUUCUUUCGUCGUGGCAUCUACAGCGCGCAUGGACUGAAGCCGUCAACACGUGGGUUCGCGGCCGGGAGAAGCAGGCAGCUGUAAACAGGUCGUUAGAACUGCUCGUGAACCAGGAGUCAGUCGAAUCUUUCCAUAAGAUGCUGCGCCGGGUCAUCAGUAUGCUCAAAAUGGACAGCGACACUGCCAGUUUUGGUGACGUAUUCGAAUCAACUUAUGCUGGACGGCCUGAGCAGUGGGGAAGUUGCUUUUUCAGGGACCUUGAUAUCAACAUUGAAGAUUUCCACACAUUGUUCAGGCGCAUUGCAAGCCGCCUAAAAGUGAAGAGAUUGGACAAGAUAGCCCAUAAUCUGCUGCUGGCCUCUGAAUCAAAGCAAUAUGAAAACUACAUGAAAGUUGUCCGUCAAACACAGCCUGAAGUGGAAAGCUCAAAAAAUCAGAAGGCUGCACCUGUUUUAAAUGAACUAAUUCAUACUGCUGAUGGAGUUCCAGUUGAGGUUGUGUCCCUUGAUACAAUGGACAUUGUUGAAACAGUGUCUAUUGACACAGUUACCUAUGAGGCAAUGACCACUGGUGGGAUGCCAGUUCAGGUAAUGCCUGUGGAAGAAGUGCAGGUGCAUGAGCUACAAUCUGGUGAGCCACAAAUUGAGACGAUGUGCAUUGAAGAGGUGCAUGCUGAAACAUUGCCCAAUCUGGAAGUACCUUUAGAUAAACCAAACAUACCAGCAUGUGAACAAUCUCCUUUGAAGCCGAAACGUUCUGGUCGCAAGUCCACACAUCAGAUGGCACUGAAAAUAUUAGAAGCACAUCAGGAUGCGCUGAACAUUUCUCCAGAACAUAUUGUCCAUGUAACUGACAACCAAUGGAAAGUGAUUGAUGAGGGUGUCCCCUACGAUGUCAUUGAGGUGCUUAGUCACUGUAAGGCCAAUUGUCAGUUUCGCUGCAGGCAAUGCAAUGCUUGCUCACACAGGUACAACUGCAGCUGUGACUGCACGUACAUGUGCCGACACAUCCAUGCAUGCCUCAUUCAUGCAAGCGAAAUCUUCACCGAGCCAGUGGGAAUGGCAGAGGAAGUGGCGAACACAAUGACACCUGAAGCAUUGGCUGAGAGCACGAGCUUUGCAUUUUCAAGCAUUGAGCCCACUCAAGAAGCAGGUGUGCAAGGAGACAAGAAGAAGCUUGAAGUGCUUUGUGCCUUGCAUAAGCUAAAUGAAACAUGUGUCCGUGCAGCAGAAAUACUGGCAGCAAGAGAAGAUUUACCACUAACGCACCAAGCAGACUACAUUUUAUCAACCUUGAAGGCAACAAGCACUGUGUUGGACACCUUCUGUCGCAGAGGCAUGAGCCAGACUCCAAGAAAGCUGGCUGAUCAUGACUAUGAAAGCACAAAUUAGUGUGGAGUUUGGAUAGUGCACAUUAGUUUGAUUGUCCAUCUUGUUUAGGGGUCACUGCCAAGUUUAGAUGGAAGGAGAAGGUGUUGAGAGAUGUUUAGGCAACUUAUAAGUGAAAGGCUUGAACACAAUAACUUGAGAGAACCCUGAUGUGGGCCACGUGUUCGAGACCCCUGAUCUAGUACCCGUGCACAUUCAGAAGUGUUGCUACAUAGACUGUUGUCUUCCACUGCAUCACAACUUCAUCAAGACAACACAGAACAUAGGUGGCGCUCACAUGCCAAAAGAGAAAAGAAUCUGUUUAUAGCCUUGCGUAACGUGUUGUACACAUUGUUAGGUAGCUAGCAGCGACAUAUCACGAUUGGCAUGGCACAGCUAGGCUUAAGGGCAACAGAAGUAGGUUAUGAAGCAGUAAAUAGGCCAUGCCUGUUAAUGGUCUUCAAUUGAAAAAGCAAAGCAUGAGCUUGAAGUGUGUAUAACAGUCUGCAUGUCACACGAGUGUUUAAGAGCCAAUGGGUCAGUGAGCCCCAGAGAAGGGCUUUGGAACAUGUUAGAGCAUGUACAUAAAGCAAACAGUAGUGCUACAAUUGUUCACUUGGACACUUUCCUGAUCAUGUUGUGAUCCUAGUUGCUACUUGAUGGGCUUGCAGUUCUGUUUACUGUGUCUGUCUCCAGUGUGCAUGACUGCUAGAACCGCCUUUAAACUUGUCACAUUGCAAUCAGCAGUAUCAUGUUUACUAGAAUUUCGUUUGCAGUGACUGUUGCCUUCAGUGCUUCAAGCUAGUAAAUGGCAAGUGUCCUAUACUGCGAGUUACAGAUCACAUUGGCGGACAGUGAUCAGCACACUUUGGCUCGCUUAGUGCACACGUGUGUGUGUGUCGCCCAUUUUGCUGUGACGACUUGCAAUGCUGAUCAGCCGGUGUUGAACGCACUAGGGGAGCUGUGCUAGUCGUGGUGGCUUAGGCAUUAUAGCAUUGUACAGCAUUGUAUCAUAGUGGGCACCAGCAGGUUGCAAAUUAUAUCUGUUAAUGCCUGCAACUACCGACACGUUCAUAAUAUUAAACAAGUGCGACUGACCCGGUUAGUGAAAAACUGACACUAUUGUAGUUCCUGUAACACACAAAUUGAACUAUCACAAGUUUUGCUUCGGGAGUGGUUUGUCUCGUAAGCAUUUGGAAUGCAACAUUUCGUAAUGCCACCAAACUACUAUAAUUGCAGUGCCAGCUUCUUUCAAUAUGUCGCUGCAAAAAGUGCAUGUUUGGCCAUCUUAAUUCGCAGACUAUAGUGCUCGAGUUAUACACGGAGUGCUGUUUGGACUUGUUCAGUAGAAUCAACUUUCAGCAUAUUAUUUCACCCACAAGCAGGCCCUGCAUGGUUGGUUUCUGUAAAUCUCACGAUCACAAAGUGUUUCGUGGCCAAGGUUGUGCUUUCAACCAGCAAUGAACGUACUACUGUUAUUAAUACACAAUGCAUAAACAUCUAGAUUGCAGGGAAAUGUGUAUACAAAAAAAGAACAGCUGUGGUUGACAAAAGGUUUACACUUGCUGGCCUAAACUGAAGCCAGCUUAUUUCUAUUGUUCACAUUGUUAUUUGCAUUGAAUAACAGUAUAUGUAUGUUGAUUUUGCUACAUGUAGUCUCAUGUAUGAUGUGUAGUGCUGUCAUUGCAUGGUAGGCUCUUAAGUACACACCACACAAAGGAAGUGUUGCAUGUUCAAAUGCCAGAGGUGGGCACAUUUGAGGCGUCCAGCAGAUGGGCUUGUAUGGCUGUCUGUGCAAAUGUUUUCGUUGCUGAGCAAAGCAUGCUAUUGUGCACUGCUUGUUACGCGGUGCAGAAUUUUCACGGGUGGUGCUAACAAACCUUGUCUUACUGGUGAGGGAAAUGUAUAGCGGGAUAACUAUCUUAUUUCGAGAAGGAAUGAGAUGAACUCGCUGCUGAAGCAGUGGGUUGCAGCUACAAGUAUUAAGGCUGCACUGUUAAGAGUAAUCUAAGGAGAGCAGUGAGCAUGUCCCUAGUGUAAUUAGCCUGUUUGCUUCACUACAGAAAUUUCAACUUGUCAAAUAUGCAGCGAAAUGGUGCCAUUAGUCAUGCAUACAAAAGCUUGAAAGCUGGCUGUAUGACAUGACAGAGAUGAUAUUCCACAUUGGUUAUGCUGUUCACAUGAACGUGCUAGAGGAAACUCAAGCUAUGUAAACUGGUUGCCUGGAAAGUUAACAAACAACUUGUGAGCAGCUACAGUUACAAAUUAUGUGCAAGUGGCUAGGCAGUGUCUCGGUUGAGCUAACAGCCAUGCGUGCCUAAUAACUAUUCCAUUUAAAGCUCAGUUGAAUGUGUACUACAUGCAAUGUUACAAAUGCACAGGGAAAUGAAAUUAGCCCCACCUCCCUGUUCAUUGCAAGGACAGCACAACCUUUUGUGCUGCUGAGAUUUUUAUAAAGCAACUGUAAUUGACAGUACGGUUGAGGAACAAAGUGCCUGAGCUUGUAUAUUGUGUUCACCCUAUUCACAGGUUUCUACAGCAAGUGUUGCUUGACUUCGUACCAGAUCGACUAUAUGAAUCCUUUUUAUCAUAGCUUACAGAAUUGUGUUGGUGUGUUUUCCACAAACUUGCUUGGAUACACUACAUUCUAGUCACUUUGAACAAGCACCGCAGCACAGAAAAGGACUGUGCGGGGUAUGUGAAAUUGUUUUCUGUGCAUAUUUAAUAAGCAAAGCUUGCCAAUUCACAAAGAAACACAAACACAUAUGCAAUGUUGUUCUGGUGUGCCGUUCAUGUUCUUUCAAACAUUGCACUUGUGUGCUCGUGGCUUCUCAAUUAUGUAUUAAAAGCUACAUGCAUCUGG